AUGGAACACCCGGAGUUAAUCGCCCCGGCGUGCAGUUACCCAGAUGAGUGCGACCCCCUGUAUGGCGGGCAGUGUCGCCCCGAGCGGCUCCUCAUAGAAGAUCAGCUGAGACGAAAACUCCGAUUCUUUUUCAUGAACCCUUGUGAGAAAUUCCGAGCUCGGGGUCGCAAACCAUGGAAACUUUGUAUCCAGAUCUUAAAAAUUGCUAUUGUGACAAUUCAACUUGUUUUGUUUGGCCUCAGUAAUCAGAUGGUCGUCACUUUCAAGGAAGAAAACACAAUGGCGUUCAAGCAUCUCUUCCUCGAAGGAUUUUUGGCUUCCCAGGAUGAGCCGUACGCCGUUUACCGGCAGGAAGAUGUCCGCGCCCGCGUUGAUUUUAUCAUCAAACAGUACUUGGAUCUGCAGAACGUCUCUGUUGGCAAUUACGCCUAUGGCAGUGAAGGCGAGGAGCAGAGCCGUCUGUCCGUCUGUCAACACUUCUACAGACGCUGCAGCAUCUUCCCUGGAAACGGAACGUUUGACAUCGAUCCUGACAUCGAGACGGAAUGCCUGUACAUUAAACCGAUGUCGCCGUCCAACGAUGGGCCGGGUGACCGAUCCAACAUGACUCUAGACUUUCACAGACUGGUUACAAUAGAAAUUGUGUUUAAGCUGAAAGCAAUAAACCUUCAGACGAUUCGCCAUCACGAGCUGCCCAACUGCUACGUCUUUACAGUGACGAUAACCUUUGAUAAUAAAGCUCACAGCGGAAAGAUUAAAAUAAGUCUGGACAAUGAUGCUGCUAUCCAGGAAUGCAGAGAUUGGCACGUGUCCGGCUCCAUACAGAAGAACACCCAUUAUAUGAUGAUUUUUGACGCCGUGGUUAUAUUGGUCUGCUUAUCGUCCGUCACGCUCUGCACGCGCUCCGUGGUUAACGGGAUUCACCUUCAAAGGGAGUAUGUGGCCUUUGUGCAGCAUCAGCUGUCCCGGAGGGUGCCGUGGGCCGACCGCAUGGAGUUUGUCAACGGCUGGUACCUUUCAAUCAUUUGCAGCGAUUUUCUGUCUAUCGCCGGCUCGGUCCUGAAAAUGGAGAUCCAGGCGAAGAGUCUAUCGAGCUACGACGUGUGCAGCAUCCUCCUAGGUUCCGCCACCCUGCUGGUGUGGCUGGGAGUCAUUCGUUACCUGGGCUUCUUCCGGAAAUACAAUCUCCUGAUCCUCACACUAAGGGCAGCUCUCCCUAAUGUCAUCCGGUUUUGCUGCUGUGCAGCCAUGAUCUACCUGGGCUACUGCUUCUGCGGGUGGAUCGUUUUGGGUCCUUAUCACGUGAAGUUCCGUUCUCUGAACAUGGUGUCCGAGUGUCUGUUCUCGCUCAUUAAUGGAGAUGACAUGUUCACCACGUUUUCCAUCAUGCAGCAGAAGAGUUACCUGGUUUGGCUGUUCAGCCGGAUUUACUUGUACUCUUUUAUCAGUCUCUUUAUCUACAUGGUUCUCAGUCUCUUCAUAGCGUUGAUCACAGACACAUACGAUACAAUCAAGAAUUAUCAGAAAGAUGGCUUUCCAGAGUCUGAGCUCCAUGCGUUUGUCUCAGAAUCUAAAGACUUGGCAAUAACGAGCUGCUACAAACAGGGAGAGGAGGCUGCGGCGGUGUCUGCGCUCUGCUGCUGAGACCGGUAUCUGGGAUCCAAAGUAACGAUAAAGAAACUAUCCUUGAAACCAGGUGUGGGAUGUCUGAACCUGUCUCGUGCGUACACCAGGCUGUCGAUGCGCCCCCUGGCUUACCGCUCAGUUAUAUACAAUGCUAAUUGCUUAAAUAUUCUGUAUUGAAAUAUAUAUUGGGUACUGACCCGCAGCGGCGACAUAUAAGGAACAU